AUGCUCACCACUCAUCUUCGACGUGUUCUUACAACUCGCUCCUACGCCACAUGCGCAUCUGCAAAACCAUCGGAAUACGGCCAGCCACUCCUUGCAUCACAUCCACAUCUUUUUGAACAAAAUGACCUCACUCCGGGAAUACCAAGCGAAGAGUACAAACGACGGCGGAAGAUGCUCAUGAGCUCUUUACCAGACAAUAGCGUCGUUAUUUCGGUGGCAGCUCCUGUCAAGUACAUGAGUUCAACUGUGGCAAGCUACAAGCACAGGCAGGCAUCAGACUUUUGGUACCUCACAGGUUUCGAGGAACCUGAUGCUGCCGUCAUCCUUGGUCUGCGGUCAUUCAGCUCCAUCAGUACGAUUUGCUUAAUAUGGCACACAGAAAAGGAUUCUUCUCCACAAGGAUAUAAAAUGACACUAUUUGCCUCGGGAAACAACGCAGCCAAAGAAAAAUGGGACGGUGCAAGGACAAGUCUCUCCUCUGCAAAAUCUCUUUUCAGCGCUGAUUCCGCUCUUCCCAUCACGGAUUUCGACUCCCAACUAAAAUCAUUAUCGUUCAUGUACUCCCACAUCUAUGUUGACCUCCCCCCGUCACAUUCGUCCUCCUCCUCACGACGCAACCCUAAAUCCAUUUUUAAAUACCUCUCAUCUCCUGCACGAGCUGAGUACGACUCCAUUCUAGAAGCUAUAUCUAGCACCCGUCAACGCCCACUCGCUCCAGAAUUGGCCAGUUUGCGAGCUGUCAAGAGCGAAGCUGAGCAGAAGGUCAUGCACGCUGCAGCGACCAUUAGUGGACGUGCACAUGCCAAAACGAUGCGCUUCACACGACCAGGAAUGACUGAAAGCGCUGUUGCCGCACACUUUGAAUACAUUUGCGCUUUGUCUGGUUCUCAACGCCCAGCGUAUGUCCCUGUAGUUGCAUCGGGAGCAAAUGCUCUGAUUAUCCAUUACACUGCCAACAACCAUCUUAUCGAGGAUGGUGAGUUUGUCCUCGUCGACGCAGGCUGUGAAUACAACGGCUAUGCGUCAGACAUAACACGUACAUAUCCUUCGUCUGGGACAUUUUCCGAACCGCAAAAGGAUCUCUACACUGCUGUGCUCACUGCACAAAAACAACUGAUCACCCUCUGCCAUGAAGGAUCUUCCAUGAGCUUGUACGAUCUCCACCGUGAAUCAAGCAAUCUUUUACGCAGGGAACUCAACCAAAUAGGGUUCAACCUUGGUGUGGAGGGCGAUUUGGAGAGGGUGUUGUAUCCCCACUUCUUAAGUCAUCCAAUUGGAAUUGGUCAGUCUUUGACCAUCCCUUUUUUCGUGGUUACCUUGACUCUUAUGUCACCGUCCUUUCUAGAUUUGCAUGAAUCAACCAAUCUCGACCGAAGUUCCGCAUUAAAAGCCGGUAAUGUUAUCACCGUCGAACCAGGAAUCUAUGUUCCCCCGACUGCCAAUUUCCCAAAGUACUACCACAACUUAGGAAUCCGCAUAGAGGAUGAAGUGCUCGUAGGCAAACAACAUCCCAUCGUAUUAUCCUCCUCUGCCCCAAAGGAGAUCGCUGACAUUGAAGGAGCAUGCCAAGGACUUCUUGGUUUUGAACCAUACUAA